UUUUAUUUUUCAGAAUCUAUAUUUUCUGAUGUUAUUUUGCAAUUUUAUUACUCCUACUUUUAUAUUUUUAUAUUUUACAAUAUUUACAAUUUACAUUUCUACAUUUUUACAUUUUUGAAUUUUUACAUCUUUUACACUUUUCUAAUUUUGUCAAAAGUUGUCGCAUGGCAACAACUUUUUGUAAUAGGGGGAAGUUGUUAUAUGCACUCAAAACAAUGGACUUACUAUUCCAUACAAUGUUGCACCAGACGCUAGCUCAGCAACAGAUAAGGACUUCUCGCUAACUCGUUGUUUACGCUUUAUUUUCUAGAAGUGCUUUGUAAGCACACCAAUAGUAUAAAUAAGCCUUGCGCCCAUUUCAUGUUGUUCAAUACCUGGCUAGGCACCGUAACUGUCACUUAUAUAAACUUUGUUGUUCAAUACCCGGCUAGGCACCGUAACUGUCACUUAUAUAAACUUUGUUGUUCAAUACCCGGGAUAAAAAGAGACCACUCACUGAACGAGAGCUGCAAGAGAUCUUCGACAAUUUCUCUGAUUUCGAUGAGGAUAUAGUAGACUUUGCAGAUGAAAGCGAAGGAGAAGAAGAAGUUAGUCAGUACAAUGUUUACGACAGCGAAUCUGAGCAAUCUGCCGGUGAGGACUCGGACUAUACACACGAAUUGGAGAAUCAAGGAGAUGAGUUCUUUUAGAUUGGAAAGGACGAAGAGAAUCUUUGGAAAAGCACUCCUGUGAGUUUUACCAGUAAAACUAGGUCUAAAAAUAUAAUCAAGAUAUUACCAGGUUCAAAAGGAGCUGCGAAAACUGUGUCAAAUCAUUUAGAGUCAUUUUAUAUAUUUAUUUCCAAUGAGAUGAUUGACAAUAUCCUAACAUGCACAAAUUUAUAUAUAGAAAAUAAAAAACAAAAUUUUACAAGAGAUAGAGAUUGCAAAAUAACUUCGUCCACGGAGAUCCAGGCAUUAUUCGGAGCGUUAUAUAUAAUUGCAGUAAAGAAAGGAAAUCGUGUAGAUGUGCGAGAACUGUGGAGUACAGAUGGAACUGGAAUGAUUAGACUUCGGGCUGCUUUUAGUUUCAGAAGAUUUUUAUUCCUUUUACGUGCUUUACGAUUUGACAAUAUCAACACCAGGAAAGAACGCCAAAAUAUAGAUAAAUUAGCUGCAAUACGGGAUAUAUAUUCCGAUUUUGUAAAGAAUUGUAUGAAUAAUUACAUCCCUGGAGAAUUCAUUACCAUUGAUGAAAUGCUCCAUCCGUUUCGGGGGCGAUGUGGGUUCGUGCAAUAUAUGCCGCAAAAGCCGCCAAAAUACGGUAUAAAAAUAUAUGCUUUGUGUGAUAGUCGCACCUAUUAUACUUGGAAUCUUGAGAUUUAUUGUGGGCAACAACGAGAUGGUCCCUUUCAGACAAGUAAUAAGCCAUUCGAUAUAGUUCGAAGGUUGGUAGACCCUUUAAACAAUUCCAAGAGAAACCUGACAACAGAUAAUCAUUAUACGAGCUAUCCCCUAGCAGAUUAUCUUUUGCAAAAUGGCCUUACGUUAAUAGGUACAAUAAAGAAAAAUAAAAAGGAAAUACCUCCGGAAUUCCUUCCGAAUAAAGCACGAAUAGUUGGUUCUAAAUUAUUCGGAUUUCAGGACGAAAUUAAUUUGGUAUCUUACGUACCCAAAAAGAAUAAGGCUGUGAUAAUUCUUUCUUCUUUUGAUGACAAAGGAGAGGAUGACGAGGCAACAAAUAAGCCAACCAUCAUUUUGGAUUAUAACAGGACGAAGAGUGGUGUCGAUACUGUUGAUCAAAAAUGUGCCUCUUAUACAACCCAGAGACGAUGGCCCCUUGCAAUAUUUUCCCGCAUACUUGAUAUUACUGGGAUAAACGCUGAAAUUGGAUUCAAUAAUACUAAACCUACAGAAGAGUCUCCUAGAAGACGAAAAUUCUUAAACGAAUUAGGCGUGUCUCUAAUGGAACAUCAUAUGGCGGAACGAGCGAAAAUAAUUACACUUCCAAAAGACAUUAGAGAAUUUUUUUCGCGAUACCAAACUACUGUUGAUGAGGUACCUGCAAUAAAGCAAAAUGGUAGUGGACGUUGUCAUGUUUGUAGUGCGCAUAAAAAUAAUAAAACUACUGUUAGAUGUGACUCAUGUUAUCAGUUUGUAUGUAAAAGCCAUUGCAAAAAAACAGUUCAAUGUGAUACUUGUUUGAAUACCCCGAUGGAGGAAGACUGAUUUAUUUUAGAAUUAAGUCUCUUGGUGGCUACGUUACCAUUUUCACUUUAAAAAUUCAGUGUUUAUCUUUUAUGUUCGCUAUAGAAUAAUGUUUUAAUUUUGAAUGUUUAAAUAAAUAAGAGCGC